AUGCGCCCGACGGCCGUACGAUCAAAUCGAUCGUCUGUACAUUUCAAGUCAGCUCCGAUCUCAAGCCCAUCGACAACGUCGUCCGUUUAUCAUCAUCAGCAGCAACAACAACAAAUUCUGUAUGCUCCCGUCAGUAACCCAAUGGUGACCCUUCAACCGUGUGGAACAGUUCUUCAUCCUUCGUGCGUUUAUCCGAGCGUUCAGUCUAAUGUUAUUUCACCAAAUUCUACCCAUUUUCAAGUAUAUCGUGUAAAUGUAGGUAAAAAUAAUCGAUGGCACGCCAAGAACAAACCGUCUCACAGUCAACAAUAUUAUCAACAGCAACAAUUAUACAGUCCAAAACCUAUAGUGCUCUUUGAUCAACCGUCCACCAGUAUUGCAUCUAUUCCUCCGACCACAUCCUUUUUAGUAGCUUCGUCGACAUUUACCCACACUGGACCAUUGCACAGCGAGCAUUACAAUAAUAAUUCCGGAGUGACGCAUCUGUUACCACAACCUUUCAACUUCAAGCCGCCGGACGUACAGACCUGCCUCAUCCAAGACCGACAGAACACUCAGCAACAUCAACAGCAGCAACAACAGCAUCCGAUACAGAAUCCCUAUUACAAUAUUUCGGCUACAAACACCUGCAGUCUGCAAACCGUCAACGCCAACUCAUCUUUUCCGCUUACCAGCCUCCAUCCCUAUACCAGCUUAGCCAGUUUCAACAAUAAUCAAUUCCCCAUAACAGUUCAGUCCUCUCCGCUUUUCUCGACUCCGUCAGUUGGUCUAGUCCUCGCACCACCGCGAAGAGACAAGCCUUCACCUACGUUAGAUUUUACUUUGUUCAAACAUAACGCGGACAAAAUAUCGAGCACUUGCGAAUCUCAAGUCGUUUCAGUCGGUCACAGCGAGAACAGCUGGCCUUCUCAAAUCGAAACGUUUUCCAAAAACGACGUGCAAACCGUUGUAGGAAAUAACAAAAGCGUUGAAUCUGCCGAAUGUGCUUUGCAGAAAUCUCCCUCUGCAAUCACGAAGAUCGACGAAGAACAUUAUUCCGACGAGUCCUCGACCAGCUUCGACUUUACUAUUGAGGCCGAAAAAAUGGUUUCCGCUUUAUGCAACACCACGUCUUCGAACGAUUUAGGUAAGGAAGAAUCGAAGCCUAGCAACAAGACUGAUUCCACGACGUUGUUCAAUGGCGCGGGCGACAACAAGGCGAGCUGGUUUGCCGAUUUCUGCUCCGAGUAUGAGAAUGGAACAUCAAUAGGCGUUCAAACAGAUAGUCCCUCCGUUGAUAGAUCGCAGUAUCCAGAACUGAUCCGAAAGACAGCUUAUUGGGGCUGCACGCAGGCUGAAAUUGUUCUCGAUUCUGACGAUUCGCAAACGGAUUCCAAACGGAGUUGGUUAACGGGUUUGUCGUCUGCCACUAGAACGGCGAUCACGAAAUCUUCGACUUGCAUCCCGGUUUUUGCAGGGGACCGUGUCUUCGCUGACGAUCUCAUAAACGCUCUCUUACGCAUUAGCAACGGUUGGCUGAGCCUCGAUAACUAUCUGAAUAAACAACAUUUUCCCAAUCUGCUAGACAGAUUAGAUCCCGAGUUGAUAACACACUUUCAGACGUGGGAAGAGAGCACGUGCGAAUUACUGAAGCAAAUAGUGCGGACCUUUCAGAAAUUCGGAGAAAACAAAGAGGUAACGGAUCAAAAACGCAACGCAACGUCAUCGUUUCCAGGUGACGUGUCGCUUUAUACGACGCAUAAUCUUUUUGUCCCUUUGAACUUUUUUUCUCAACAAAAUGCGAUUGGAAAAUCUUCACUGGAGAAAUCACGCAGCACGACGUCGACAUUGCCACUGAACAGUCUACAUAAUUUUCAGUACAAUUCUAACUGUCAGCAGGAGCAGCAAUCGAUAAAUUCGAAGGAAAGCAAAUUGCGAAGCAAAUGGACGAUUACUGAGAAUUUGUCGUCCGUGAUUAACACCACGAAAUCCGUGCCGAGUGUCUCCGUGUGUCACACCGACGUCGGUGGUCUGGUAAGCCUUAAACUUCGCACUAAGGACAUGUCGUCCAGGAAGUUAGAUUUUGCUCAGAAAUCAUUGAAUGCCGAAUUUUGCCAAUUGAGAAAUAAAGUGAUGGAAAGCAGCGCAGAAGCAACGAAGGACAGAAAACACGAUUACGCGUCGGAAGAUAAGCUGACAACAUUCGAUAACACCGAAUCUAUCCGACUGCAGCAUUCAACGAUAAACGCUCCUAUAAGUUACAGCGGAUUGUAUGCGCGGAACUGUUUAGCCUUUACAUUUCCUUUAUCCAGCCACCCAAAUUCAUCGUACCCAACGUCCAAUCCUAGAAUCCCAACGUAUAAUGUCAGUUAUUCCUCUUCGGGAUUUUAUCCUAGUACUGAUAUCAAUUCGAAAAACAGCAAAAACACCGAACAGAUUUACGGAGUUAAAAGCGCGAACGUCAAUUCGAUUUACGUCGGCAAAUCGCAGACUGAUCAACUAGAACUUCCAGCUGUACCCAGAAACAAAAUGACCCUGCUCAGUCAGAUCGAACCACGGACGUUCAACAAGGAAUCCGAAGAAAUGGCAGCUAACUUGUCGGCCUGGUUCGCCAGCAUGCGAAACGCACAGCCUCCAGUGGUCGCGCCAACCUUUGAGGAGUCGAGGACGAGCGAAAACUCGGCGUCGCGACUCUUCGUUCAGGAGAUGCCUAAGUACUCGAUGAUCCUAGCCAAGCAGCCGCAGAUUGACACGAAUCGGCAGUUUCAGGCGCUGCAGAAUUUGCCGAAUAUGCAGAGUACACCCUGGGCCGCCGGCAAUUUUUUCGGAAAUCGUUUUCACGUGCAACACGCGCCCGAAGAGUACGACAGCUCCGAGGACGUGCGGGUGUACAUGAAACCGGGCAGUUACAAUGUACCGAAAAAGAGACAUCAGCGAAGAGCCAAUCGUCGAUCGAACAGUAACGCGAUAUCGCGCAGCAGUCAUCACAACGUGUGUGGCAACAAUAAGAAAGGUGUGUCGAUACCAGCAUCAUCGACGCCUCUGCCUCAUACGAACGCGCCAACCUUGUCCACCAACAUCUGCAACGCCACGCUGAUAAAGACCUCGUUUCCGCCACCUUCGCAGUUGCCCGUGCCUUUAUUCAAUUCCGAGAGCUCACCUAGGAUUCUAAAGCGCGUGGAAUCUCUGUCGCAGGAUGCUCGUCAAGACGUCACCUGGAAAGCAGCAUGCGCCUCAGCCGAGAUACUUCUCGAGGCUCUUAAUGUGAAGGAUUGCGGCAAUACAUCCGAAAACGUCGAGGACAGUAACAGUGAAAAGAAAGAUAGGAACAAGGAAAAUGCUGAAGCAAUUACAUUGCGGCAGGACGAUUCGAAAUCAUUAAACCAUGAUAACGUCGAUCGUGCGUCUUUCUACGAAGGUUCGGACGACGACUCGGAGUCCACAUGCAGAUUAUCGCCCAGUACGAGUGUAGUGUCGGUAUCUCAGUCGCGUGAGGAUGAGAAUGCUCUCGGUAUCAAGAUCAACGUGAAAACGGAUUCCUGGCUGAUCAGGACUCUCAAUAACGCGAGUAUCGUCGGCAAGCAGAAGCGACGUAAAAACGACGUAGAUCGACGAAGUUUGAGGUCUUCGAAUAACUUGGAAAUUGUCGAUGUAAAAUCGGAUCAGCUCGAAUCAUCAUCAGUCGUGGACGUAGAUGUAAAGACCCAUGCCAAGACAAUCGUCGACAGUGAAUAUCCAGCGAUUUUCUCUCGCGAGCACGUUUCUAGUUCUCUCGAGAAGGAUGGCGAAACGACGAAAGAAUUGGAAAGUUACGUCGGAAGAGCCACAUACUCUGAAACAGUACGAAGAUCCAUGAAAACGAGCAACCUACACCUGGAAAAGAAAGAGCCGCUCAAGUCGUGCGCGACCAAUUCAUCAGUGACCACCGUAAUACCAAUUUCUGGCCGCAAGUGCCAGAGGAAAGACUCCGAGCAAUCCUAUCAGCUUCUACACAAAUCACGAAGAUCGACUGACAAGAAAACGAUAAAAAAUCCGGACAACAACGAUCUCCAAUUAGAAGAGGGAUUGUGCGCGAAAGUCGGCGGUGUCAAGUCAAACAAUAUAACGUUAAAAUCAUCAGCUAUCACGAAAACGAACCACGGCAAGAAGGAUGACUUGGAACACUUGGAAAGCAAGUAUGCCAGCAAAUCGGGUGAUCGUGGUUGGUCGGUGUGGUGUAAUUCCAGGAGGAAACAAAGUCUUAACCCUUUGACGUUCAACAAGUUGGAGAUGAUUCACCGAACUAUUUGGCAGAUGGACGAGACGAAGAUCCUCAAGUAUUCGUUCUCAUGUGACAAGGAUGGUCAGUCUUCAUCUGCAUCAAUAAUGGAAGAUUACUGCAAGGUUAUUAAGAGCCCAAUGUUUCUCGAGAUCGUUGAGUACAAAUUGAAAAACCGGAUUUACCAUAAAGUCGAACAUGCCAUAAAAGAUUUUCGUCGCAUUAUUAACAACGCGAGAUUAUAUUAUCAGCAUGACGAUGAACGAAUGAAAAAAAUUGAAGUGCUCUCGAAAAAAUUAGAAGACUUAUUCGAGGAACAUUUCGGCAGUUUGAACUUUGACAAUGUUACCAGCAGUCCAAGAGAAGAUUCGAUGCAGCUACGAAUUAAGAUGUCUGGACAGAAAUCAAUCGCGGGACGCUGCGAUAGCACGAAGAAAAAUGUUUCUUCAUCAAUUAUCGUGGAGGAUUCUUCGCUCCACUGACUGUUGCUUCUCGUCGAAAUGAAAACUCCAAAUCAAACUAUCGCAACAAAACUAUUGGCAAAACUGAUGUUUUUUAUAGGGCAUUAUGUGUAAUAACUUUUUCUAGUCACGAGACAUUUUGUAUUAAUGAUAGGUGUUUUCUUUUUUUCAUUCUCGAAGAUCGGCAUCGCUGUCCAAUGACUGUGUAAACCAUUCGUUGAAUUUUUAUAUCUCUGAACAAGUUUGUUAACUAUGAAAAGUGCACGUGAGUCGACAAUACAUAUAAUCCCAAUUUCAUAGCGAUAUAUUUAGCGAAGAAGGAAGAAAACUGUACUAAAACUAAACGCAAACUAUCGUCAAACAAUAUUGAAUUAAUGUUUGUAUGAAAAGAAAAGUAGAGCGCGCGAGACAGCGCAGUAUCGACGAUAUAAUGUAAUUUCCACGUUUCAUUGUUACGGCUAUUACUUCUGAAACAAUUCGAUCUUUUAACUUCGAUGCUCAUGUUGAAGUGUCGUUAGAUCAGAGUGAUGUGAAUCGUGAAAUAUAUUACGCUCACCAGUCUAUGUUA